GGAUGGCACCAAAUCUGAGCAAGCUGCUGGCGAACCAGAACGCCGUAGUCGGUGUUGCCGGAUGUACCGCUGCCGUCUGCAUCAUACUGUACGGUAAACAGAUCCACAAGAAUCGCAAGCAGCGACCGGAGGAUGAGAUACAGUAUCUAAUCAGCGACAAAAAGGAAAAGCGCAGCCCGAAGGCCCAUGUCAAUGCCGUUUUCUUCAACCAGCUGCGCGCCCUAUUAGGCAUCAUCAUCCCGAAGGCAUGGAGCGUCGAGAACGGAUUGCUGAUCGUGAUUGCUUUGUCGCUGAUUGCCCGGUCGGUAAGCGAUAUCUGGAUGAUACAGAAUGCGACGGCGAUCGAGAGCACAAUCAUUACGAUGAACAAGACGCAGUUCCGGACGGCGUUGGUGAAGUACCUUUCGGCCCUACCCGCGAUCGCUGUCGUUAACAAUGUCCUGAAAUGGAGUAUAGGUGAGCUAAAGCUUCGCUUCCGAACGAAUCUGUCGCAAUAUUUAUACAACGAGUACCUGAAAGGAUUCACCUACUACAAAAUGUCAAAUCUGGACAACCGGAUAGCGAAUGCGGACCAGCUGCUGACGACGGACAUUGACAAGUUCUGCGAGAGCGUCACUGACUUGUACUCGAACAUCUGCAAACCUCUGCUGGACAUCGUUAUUUACGUGUACCGGCUCACGACCAAUCUGGGCGGCACGACGCCCGGCAUCCUGCUGCUGUAUCUGUUCUUCUCCGGCGUGUUCCUCACCAAUCUGCGCAAACCGACCGGUCGGCUGACGGUGAUGGAGCAAAAGCUGGAGGGUGAGUUCCGGUACGUGAACAGCCGAUUGAUAACUAACUCGGAAGAGAUCGCCUUCUACAAGGGUAACAAUCGCGAGAAGCUAACGAUACUGGCGAGCUUCAACAAGCUUGUGGCACACAUGCGCAAGUUCCUGGAGUUCCGCGUCGGUAUGGGCAUCGUGGACAAUAUGGUGGCUAAAUAUAUUGCAACUGUGGUUGGGUUCUAUGCCGUGUCACUUCCAUUCUUUGAGAAGGACCAUCCGUUGCUCACGGGAAGCCAACAGAGUGAGCGGUUGAGCCGAUACUACACGUUCGGACGAAUGCUGGUGAAGCUGGCAGAGGCGAUCGGUCGGUUAGUGUUGGCCGGGCGAGAAAUGUCCAGACUUGCCGGAUUCACUGCCCGAAUGACCGAACUGACGGUGGUACUGAAGGACCUCAAUUCAGGUCGAUACGAGCGCACGAUGGUGAACAAUUCGGCUAUCGCAGACGCCGGCGACAUCGGUCCCGGUAUGGGGCUGCUCAAGUUCCAGGACAAUUUGAUCAAGUUCGACCACGUACCGCUGGUGACGCCAAACGGAGACGUACUGGUGAAGGACCUCACGUUCGAGGUCAAGUCGGGCAUGAAUGUGCUCGUCUGUGGACCGAACGGUUGUGGUAAGAGCAGCCUGUUCCGCAUUCUUGGCGAGCUAUGGCCAACGUGGGGCGGCAAGGUAACGAAACCACCGGCCGGCAAACUGUUCUACAUUCCCCAGCGACCGUACAUGACGCUUGGUUCGUUGCGUGACCAGAUUAUUUACCCGCACACGCAUCAGGAGAUGAAACGCCGCGGCAAAACGGAUGCCGAUCUGCUCAAAUAUCUCGAUCUGGUACAGCUCACCUAUCUGCAGGUGCGCGAAAAGGGACUGGACGCGAUCGAGGAUUGGAUCGAUGUUCUGUCCGGUGGUGAGAAGCAGCGCAUUGCGAUGGCCCGCCUGUUCUAUCAUAAUCCCCAGUUCGCCAUCCUGGACGAGUGUACGUCCGCUGUGUCGGUGGAUGUCGAAGGCAGUAUGUAUGAGUACUGUCGUAUGGUCGGUAUCACGCUCUUUACCGUGUCGCAUCGAAAGUCGCUCUGGACGCAUCACGACUACUACCUCAAGUUCGAUGGGCACGGUGCGUACGAGUUUGGCCCGAUCGAAGGCACACAGGAUCAGUUUGGAUCUUAA